AGGAGGUCAGAACAUCAGAGCAACCAAACCAAACAAGACAUCUGACCUACAGUCUGACUCAGUCUGAGAAGAGAGGCCUACACUCCCUGCAUAAAAACAGCCCCUGUCAGGUAGACACAGUGAACACCCAGAGCUCAGACCCCUGAGGAGCAGAAAGCCACAAAGCCUGAUACGUAUAUAAGAAGAGCAGGAGAGUUUCUCAGUCACCAGAACACCUGAAGAUCCAGAACCAGAAGUCCUGCAGACAUGUGCCCACAGGUGUCAGACGUUAAAGCCCUGUACGACCAGCAGGGAUACCUGACCAGCCUCCCCAUCCUCAGCCCAGAGGAGCUGCAGCAGGCCAGAGACGCCUUCGCAGACCUGGAGAAGAAGUUUGGUGAGGACUACACAGCCUACAGUCUUCACAAUGUCCAUAUGGAGUACGACUGGGUCAUGGCGCUGGCUAAACACCCUAAAGUUCUGGAAUCUAUCACCGCAGUCCUGGGUCCUGAUGUGCUCAUGCUAGACUCCCGCUUCAUCUGCAAAUACCCAGUGUCCACACAAGACUCUGGCAAGAAACAAGACAGCAACGGCAUCAUUUCUGACCAUCGAGAAAGUGAGACAGAGAAGGAAUCGACCAAUCAGGAGACAGACGAGAGUGACCCUGGUCUUCCUUAUGUGGCCUGGCAUCAGGACAUGAAGUACUGGGGGCUUGAUGGAGGUCCGGUAGUUUCAGUCUGGCUCGCUCUGGACGACUCUCUGGAGGAUAACGGUGCUCUGCAAGUCAUUCCAGGAACUCACUGCUCUGGCCUUCUGCCCCACCGUCAAGCUAAACGCUCCGGGAACAUGCUGUCCGUCAAUCAGGAGAUCCCAGAGGAGCUGGUGGAGAAAGAAAACGCUCUGCUCUGCCCCCUGCUGGCCGGGCAGAUGUCUAUCCAUGAUGGACUCUUGGUGCACGCUAGUGAUCCCAACACGUCUCAGAGGAGGCGCUGUGGCUUCGUGAUUCGCUACGUCCCGACUGUCGCUUAUCCAAUUCAGGAUCCUGAACGUCCCAGACAUUUCCCGGCCACAGCUCUGGUCAGCGGCGUCGACAAGUACGGCCACUUCGCAAACCAAAAACCGGAAAUGUGAUUUAAUAACUACGACAUACUGUACCGCUGUACCUUCACAUCUCUAAAAUAAUUGAUCUAUUUAAACUAAUUACAGCAUGUAAAGAAUAUUCUGAUUAUUUAUAUUUAUCUGUUACAGAAGGAAUCACGGUUAAUUUAAAAAUGUGAAUAAUCUGGUAGCAUUAAUUUACUGUAUUCUCCAUGUAUCCUGUAUGUCUUCAUGUAUCAUUUUGCAGUCUUAUAAGUAAGACUUACUUGCUGUUUGCUGCCUUCCUUUCUUGACUUGAAAUUCUUAAUAAAUUAUUUAUCAAGA